CUAUCAUCAUUUCUUUUAUUCACAAUUCAUUGGACUAAAUAGUAAUUUACAGUUAUGGUGCAGUUUCUUUUAGGAGAAAAACAGUUUCUUAGUUCCGCACAAAUACACCUAAAUGACAGGAGCUUUCGUUCACAUCCAGGAAGGUGGUCUUCUGCAUUUGUGGAUGUUGCUGGGAGACGACAACGAUCAGUUUUAUUGAAAGACUUAGAUUUUGAAGCAGCAAAACUUCUUUAUCAAGAUAGCAAUCGAAAAGGAGCAGGAUUGUAUCCCUGCAGGGGGUGUGGAAAAGUGUAUCGUUGGUAUCAAAAUCUUUCCGUACAUCAAAAACUAGAAUGUGGCAAAGAGCCACAGUUUCAUUGUCCAUACUGCAUAGUCAGGACAACCAACUCAGAAGAGCAGCUUGAUUAGGCAUAUCAGACAAAGGCACUCAGAGAGUCAACAACAAAUGAUCAAUAGUGACAAUGAGUUCUCCUAGAAUUUCAUAGAUGUAUCCUCAAAAAUGAAUAUUUCUUUGAUUGAUUUUCCUUUAAAUGACUUCUAUUGCUUAUAGCAUUAUGGCUGAAAUUGUACAACAGUUACCCCACAAACCAGAUAAGAAAGAAAAUUUCAUAUUAUCUUACCAUGUAAACAUUUACAGAGCGGCAUAGGUUAAAAAAUUAUUCAAACCAAUUUUGUCCCUUAGAAUGCAGUGACUGUAAGGAGAAGUAUUUAUAUGAUAAAUGAAAAGUACCAGUUUGCUUUUGUGCUACAAUAUUACUUUAAUUGUGUUAACCGGUUUUCGGCUUAUAAGGCCUUCUUCAUUCAUUUACUGAGUAUUGUCACCAAAGAAGUUAUAAUGUUUGUGAACAACAUUAGAAGAGAAAUAACACAUCUAGACUGAUGCAAAAACAUGCUGUAAGUAACAUCUUUGACAGUUUGGUGGUAAUGUAAUGAAGAAGUAAAAUAUUGAACAGUAAAUAAAUAAAAAUGGAGUAGAUAGGAAAAACUUUAACACAAAAUAGGAAUAGCAUGUCUGUGUAACAAUUUCUAUUAGUAAACAAAACUAAUAAAAUAAAAUAAAAUCAGUAUUUGACAAGGCUACAUCAGGCAGUAUAAAACAUGGAGAAUGAUACACAAACCAAUGAAAACAAGAAACAAUUAUCAAUUUAACUACAGAAUACAUAAGGAACUUAAGCAAUAUCAAUAAGAUAAACAGAAAUAAAUAAAUGCAAGAAAAUAGAGGCAUUUGAGGGAACAUACCAUAAAUGCAAUCUUUGAGAGUGUUGUGUUACUGCAUUUCAGCAUUAACAUUAUAUUCAAAACUGCAGCUAUAUAAUAGUUUGCAUUAAAUAAAUGAACCAAGUAAAACAUAAACAAUAUUUGAUGAGACAACUACAAGAGAUGUUUAACAUGGACAGUACUACAAGUACCAGUUAACAGAGAGCCUUAAUAAUUAAAACUACAGUCUAUAUGGAAUACAUAGAUAAUUUCAAUAAAACAAAAGAACUUAACGAAUACAGGAAAAUGGGAAUAUAUAGGAACAGACAGUGUGGGAAGUAAUGAACAACAGAGAAGAUGUUAUGCAGAGAAGAUGUUAUGAAGUUCAGGAGAGAGGGGGUAUUGAGCUGUGUCUGGUCACUUAGGAUUAAAUCUGGACUGUGAGCAAGAUGUUUGUUAAUUUACAGGGCUCCCAGCAGAUUGAGUUUCUGGCCUUUGUGAAGUGAAUUACAUAGGACACUGGCUGGUAGUUGUUAUCCUCACUCAGUAAAUGCUGAGGAAAUGCAGAGUCAGGAUUCUGCAACAUCCAGCCUAGUUGCUAUGUCUCUACCUGACUGAUUGAUUUAAAAUUUGUCACAAUCAGAACAGGUGAUUUUGUAUAGCCCAUUAUUGGCUAAUAACUGGAUCUUAUCUUUGCUAUUAAAAAUACACUGAACUGUUGUGCUCUUACCAUAGUAGGAAAGCCUAUACUUGCAAGCUUGUAGCGCUUUGGCCACAAUCUGUGAUACCUCACCUAGAUAUGGUAGUGUACACCAUUCUCUUAUAAUCUUCAACAACAGCAACAACAGUGCUCUUCUUAAUUUGCAUAAUAAUAUUCCUACUAUUUACUUAUGUAUUUGGAUUUCUCUUUUCAAAUCAGUAAUAUACCAUAAUAACUUAAGCUUUUCACAUGUAACCUUUUCAGAAUACGUACACAUUUUACUGAUAUUGUAAAGAUUAGGAAAAGAAAAGUUAUAGAUCCUGUGUUUAGAUCAGAGUUAUCACUCAUUCUGUGGCUGGUUACAUACAUUUUUCACAAUUGGUUUUGUGUACCACUGUGGAAAAAUUGAAAGAAUUACUUUCAUUAAUAGUAAUUUCUACUUUUUUAAUAUUUGUGAGAUUAUAGUAAAUUGUAAAUUAAAUGUUUCUCCUGCUGAUACAAUAGUUCCAGUUUUAUAUGUUGUAACAGACUAUACUCACUCUGUUAUUUAUCCAAACACAUUUCAUUCAAUUGUUUCAAUUAUUUUCAGUGAUGUUUUGCAAAACACGAACUUACUUCCUUCUUAUCCUUUGUGGCUCUCUAAGUCAGCUUAUCCUUCUGAACAGUGAUUAUAAUUCACGUGGGAAAAUCAGAGGCUAUUUAAUCCAGUCCUUAUUCUUGUUUGGAAGGCUUGAGUUAAGAUAGUGCUGAGUCUGUGUAUAGUCUAUUGCAAAAUAAAAGUAUUAUAUGAUUGUAUUACAAUGAAGCUGUAGAUAUGUAAAGGAGAUAACAUAAGGAACUGGCUAUGGGUCUGAAUUUCUGUAACUGUUUACCCCAGGAAAAUUUACAGAUUAACAUAUGAUUAAUGUAAUGUUGACUAGGGUGUUUAGAAUUCAUUUCAGCCACUACCUGCACUCCUCUUUCUGUUUAUGCAACAUGGCUAUUUACCUCCUUAGAUGGUUAAUCUAUUUAUGUGAUCUUAUUAUAAGAUGGAAGCAGUAGAAUUGUUGCUCAGCUUAUACUGAGUACCAGUUCUCAGAAUUUAUCUACCAAUAUUUUGUGAGAACGUCAUGUUUCUUCUACUAAUUCUUGGUCAAAUUCCCUGAGUAUCUCUGUCAUACUUUUAUACGGGCUAUAUUAUUCUAUUAAAUCUUACCAGUGUAUCUCUGAAUUUCUUUGGUGUCUUCAAUCAAAGUAACGUAAUACAGACCACAACCAUUCAAGCAAUAUUUUAUAAUAGAUAACACAUAAGUCUUGUAAGCAACUUCCUUCACAGAUACACUGCAGUUUCUCAAUGUUAUAAUUUGAUACUCAUAGGUACUUUGUAUUGUUCAUAUACAUUACUUUGUAUUUCUAUUAAAAAUAAAGAUUCCAAGACUUACCAAGCGGGAAAGAGCCGGUAGAUAGGUACAAUAAAUAAAACGCACAAACACACACACAGAAUUUUGAGCUUUCGCAACCGGCGGCUGCUUCGUCAGGAAAGAGGGAAGGAAAAGGAAAGAUGAAAGGAUGUGGGUUUUAAGGGAGAGGGUAAGGAGUCAUCCCAAUCCCGGGAGCGGAAAGACUUACCUUAGGGGGAAAAAAGGAUAGGUAUAUACUCGCGCGCACACACACACACACACACACACACACACACACACACACACACACACACACACACACACACACGUAUCCAUCCAUACAUACACAGAUACAAGCAGACAUUGAUUCCAAAUGUUGUAUUUUGUGAUGAGAAGUAAUGAUACUAAUGGUAACAGGCUGGUGAUUCUUCUAUCGGGCAGAAUAACACACAGCAGUCUCUCUGCUAGUUUGUGUAUGCAGAUAAUUCACUAUGUACCUUUGCUGGCAGGCAGAUGUCAUAGCUAACAUAAGUUGAAGUUACUCUGAUGUGAGGCCAGCUGUCAGAUGAUGCUGAAACUAAAAUUACCCUGAUUAAUAGGUUACUUUGGAUCUGGAGACUAUUUCAGUAAGUUGUGCUGAAAAAUGCAGUGCUGCGCAGUGAUUCACUUUGGGCUUUUAGAUUGGAAAACGUGACAAGGUAAAAGUGAAAUUGAAUGCACCAUAGGGACACUUUGCCAUCGAUCACAGCAAUUAAAUUGUGGACCAAUAAGUUUAAACACUGUCAGAAACCUGCUUUUCUUAUAACCUUCUGGAAUACCCCUGAGGUACGGCUACCAAAGAAACAAUUGAAUGAACAAUAAAAACAAAACAAAAAACAUGGUAUGAGUGUUGCAGAUCCUCACAUGAAACUGUGUGGAGUAGCAGAGGCUAUAGGUAUGUAAAGGUGUAUCAGUAGGAAUCCAGUUAAUGUUUAUGUGAUAUGUUGACGAUGAGAAAAUUGUCAGCAACGUGGUUCCCAUCAUUCUUGACAGUGGAUAGGUGCAGCUUUCAGUUUUGACACAGUGUUUGAGGAAUUUAAGUGAAAUCUGAAAAACUUUUUUGUGGAGUUGUUACCAUCAAUAAAACCUGGGUUCAUCAUUAUACCACAGAAACUAUCUAACAUCCAAAACGGCUUUUUUUGGUGAAUGUGCUCCAAAGUAGGUGAAGAUGUCUCAUUGGGAUGCGAGGGGCAACCUAUUCACAGACAUCUUAGAAAAGUGACAAAUGGACAGUACUACAGUGACAUAUUGCACUAGUUUGUCGAGAAAUUGAAGAAAAUAUGACGCUGUUUAGUGCUGUUUCAAACUACAAUGUGCUAACACAUUCGUCUGGAGUUGUUGCUGUGAAGCUGCUUGAAUUGCAUUAUGAAUUAAAGUCCCCCCAACACACACACAAAACUGUGCACCUGACCUGGCUCUGCAACUUUUUCUUGUUGCCAAACACACUAGCUCACAGGCAUGGAAUUCUGGGCAAGUGAAGAUGUCAUCAUUGUCAAGAUGAGGUAUUUUGUAGAGAGCUUAAUAAUUUUUAUGUUUUUGGAGGGGCUAAAAAAAUGACUAGAGCACUGUGAAAAGUGUGUAUCACUAAAAGGGGACUGUCCUGAAAAAUAAACAGCUUGUAUUUAAAAAUUUAUCUUUAGACAUAAUGUGGAUACUUAUUGAAGUGAACCCAUAUGUGGCAGUGAUUUGUAUUGCAACAUGUUGAAGAUUGACCUGAAUUGAAUGUAUCCUUGAGGUUGAAGUUACCGAUUUGUGCUUCCCUGAAACACCUAGAUAUUGUAUAAUAUCAGUGGAAAAAUAUCCUAAAAACACUGAUCCACUAUCACCUUCAAGUUAAAUUGUGUAACAAAAUUCUUUUCCUUUUUCUUUCUGCCCCCGUGGCAUCUACUGAUGCAAAAUGUUCAUCAAGUGUUAAAAAUAUGUAUUGGGCUCUAGCUGUUACCUUUGGUGUACUGUAUAUGUGGACAGAAGCAUCUUAUGACUUGCCCACCUGGUGCACCACUUUGCAAGAAUUUCUAGUGCUCUUGGUGUAUUAGCUCCUAAGACAUGUGAGGUUUGAUAUGACUCUGUAAAAGAUUUUGUGUACCUAAUAAAUAUAGUGAUCCAUUGGUGGUGCCAACAUAGCUGCCUGGUUUUUCACAUCAUACAAACCAAAUAUCGUAGCUGCCAAAACAGCUAAAAAGAACAAUG